AUUGCUCCCUCUUCUCUUCUCUUCAUAACCAAACAGUUCAUUUUCCUUCAUUUCUCACCUCGAGAAAAAAAACAAGAUAACAAAACAAACAUCAAACUUCCAUGGCUACUAUUGAAGAUUCUACUAAUCCUCCUCCUGUUCCUCAAGAACAACCGCAACAACAACAGCAGCAGCCGUCUACUAUUCCUCAGUACCCUGAGAUGAUUUUAGCGGCGAUAGAGAGUUUAAAUGACAAGAACGGGUCAAACAAGUCAGCGAUCUCCAAACAAAUGGAGACGACAUAUCCUGAUCUACCACCAGCACACACAACGCUACUCUCACACCACCUCAACAAAAUGAAACAAAGUGGUCAGCUUGUUUUGGUCAAGAACAACUACAUGAAACCUGACCCCAACGCGCCACCCAAGAGAGGACGUGGCCGUCCGCCAAAGCCCAAAGCCCCGCUUCCUCCAGGAGCUGUAAUUGCACCUCCUAGACCACGUGGCCGUCCUCCUAAACCUAGAGAUCCUUUUGCUCCUGUUGCUUCUCCUAAGAAAAAGAUCGCUACUGCUCCUACUGGAAGGCCACGCGGACGUCCUCCUAAGUUGCCUUCUGCUGCUCCUCCGACUCCGUCAGUUUCUUCAGCCGCGGCGUCUCAGGUGAAGAGAGGGAGAGGUAGACCGCCUAAGGUGAAGACUGCGGUGGCUCCGGUUGCUGGCUGAAGAACGAAAGAAAAAGAACGUUUUGUUUUGUCUUUUCUUUUUUUAAAUUUUCUUUAAAUUCAUUUAUCAUUUUUUUAGGCGUGUUAGUCUUAUCUCUACUAAUUGAUGUUUUUAGUUUUUAUCUUUCUUAGUUUUUAAUGUUAGUUUAGUUUAAUAUGUGGCGAAGAGAUGGCUGUGGGUGUUGGGUUGGAGGAAUGAUGGGGGUUAAGUGUACUGUAAUCUUAAUGUAAAUUUGCUAAGCGGCUGCGUUUUAGGCUUUUACUUUACUACUUUAGCCCUCUUUUUAUUAUCUGUCUUUGGAUAAUUUAAAAAAGAAGGGUAUAAACAACAAAAUGAGAUUGAUUCUGAACA